GAGAGCUCUGCCGGAGGGGCAGCAAUGGCGUCGAAAGACGUGAUGCAUUGCAUCAACACUUGCUUACCAACGAUACCGACAGUAUAAAGGAGCCAGUCCAAGUACAAUUUGCAUUCAAGAGACACAGACUCUGCUACUGAAAGACUUCCCAAAUCAGCAAAAAUGUCACACAAUUUGUACACCGACGAAACCCCAGCUGGCGUCAAGAACGCCAAAGGCCUCCAUCUUAUCACCCAAAACACUCCAAAUGGCCAGGCAGUGCAGAUCUUCCUCGAAGAAUUGAAAGACGCUUACGGAACCGAAUGGACCACCACCAUCAUCGACAUUAGCACCAACGAGCAGAAGAAAGACUGGUUCCUUCGCCUCGACCCCAACGGCCGCAUCCCAGUCCUAGUCGACAACUCCCAAUCCCCACCUUUCACCGUCCACGAAACCUCCGCCGAACUCUUCUACCUUCUCAAAUUCGCCGACAAACAGGAUAAAUUCGGCUUCUCCGAUGAUCUCGAGCGGAACCAAGCUUUGCAGUGGACUUUCUUCUGGCACGGCUCCGGAGCCCCCUACCAAGGCCAAGUCAACCACUUCUCCCGCGCUGCCCCAGAGAAAAUUCCCUACGCCAUCACUCGUUUCCGCAACGAAACACUUCGCGUCUUUGGAGUGUUGGAGAUCCAUCUGAGUGGGAAGUAUACGGGAGAGCCACGGGACUAUCUUGCUGGGAAGGGAAAGGGAAAGUAUAGUGUUGCGGAUGUUAAGACUUGGCCCUGGGUCAAGAACUGGGAACGCAGCGGUUUCACCAAAGAAGAAGUCGAGCCUUUCCCGCAUCUCUUGAAGUGGAUUGAUCGUAUUGCUGAGAGGCCGGCGGUACAGAGGGGAAUUGGAGAGGCGUAUAACAAAAAGUGAGCCACUUCGUUGCGCGGAAGUAAAGGAGAGGAUGCGAUACCAACGUGAGAUGUAGGUCCAAGCUCUGAUUCGUGAGGGAAAGCGACUCCCGGGUCUAUAAAGCGUGAAUGGGAAUGAUUUGGGUUGACAGUACCAGCCAUGGCGAGAUGGAUGGGGACAGUUCUCCAGGAAUGAAUAACAGAAAAACUAACGAGACAUUGACACCAAUGUUUUCGCUGUCGUAUGCUUAAUUUGCAUCUGC